AUGGAAAAUAAGGAUACUCACAGUACUCACAGUCCUCCUCAACUAUAUCAACUUUCCUCAAAUGUUCAAUCUCAACAACAGCAACAACAACAACAACAGCAACAACUUCCAAAACAAGAGCCUCAAUCACAUCUACCGACGAGUUCCAAUAUUAAUCAACUGGAAAGUAUAACAAACCAGCAACAUACCACUAAUACAAACCCUCAAAUGCAAACGGAAUACGAAUAUUCUACAAUGGAUACUUUAUCCAAUCAAUACUUAAUGCAACAACAAUCUCAACAACCUCAUACAAGAACACCUCCUAGUUUCCAACAACAACAACAACAGCCUCCUCUACCUCCUCAACACCAACAGCAAGUUAUGGGAACCCCGCCUCAAGUGGUUCCUCCUACAUUAAAUAUGUCUACAUCCACCCCUCAAGUACAGUCAACUUCUUCUGCUCCACCACCUUCGCUUCAACAAUUUCAAGGUUUUUCUACUACAAAUAUUCAUGAUGAAUUAUCAAGAAGUAGUGCUGGUUUAGAAUUAAGACAUUCUCAUUCAUUCCCGGCAGCUAGACCUUUCUAUCAAGCAAUGCAACCACCUCUCCCACCAGGUGCUUCACAUGUUCAACAGCAACAACAUCAAUCUACACCUGAUCCUGACCCUCAAGGUUCAUCUUUGAAUAUAAUCGGUUCUCCAUCUGCUUUACAUACUCAACCACAACAUGGAUUUUAUCCUCCUCCUCCACAACCAAUACCAAUCAUGGGAUCUUCUUCAUCUGUCACAUCAUCAUUGCCAUCAUCGGCCAAUACCUCAACACUGACAAUUACUUCUACUACUGCUUCUACAACUAAUACUGGUGGUGCUCCACCUAUCCCAUUUUCAGUUCCAACUCAUAUUGAUGUUAAUCAAUACCCAGAUAUGACAACACUUGUUAAUUCUAAUGCUAAUAUUGUUGUUCCAUUGGUUGAACAUCGAUUUGUUGAUAAUAAAGUCUGUAUAAUUUGUGGUAAGAAGAUUACUAGAGAUAUGUCACGUCAUAUGAGAACCCAUCAAGCAGAGCUGAGAUUCAAUUGUAAGUUUCCAAAAAACCAAUGUCGUCAUAAACUGGGCAAAUUCAAUCGUCCUUAUGAUUUCAAGAAACAUUUAUUGAAUCGUCAUUUCAAAUUCGAUGAUCCAUCAAUCAAGAGAUUACAUAAUUUAAGUGAUAAAUUAAACCAUUGGGGAACAUGUCCUUGUGGAUUAAGAUUUUUAGGUAAAGAUUGGUUAGAUGAUCAUAUAUUAACAGAUGAUCCUACAAAGAAAUGUCCUUUCAUUGAAUAA